AAGACACUGCGUGACGCCACACAGCGGAAGACCGACGUCAUUGGCGCCCUCACAUUUGGCUCUCCAUGAUGUGAUCUCGCUCGUCAUCUCUUCUCCUCUUGACCAUCUUCAUCAAGCUCAUGCUCAACCUCACCGAACUGCGCCGCCUCAAGGAACCCCUCGUCAUCGUGGCCGGCGUGCCCCUCACGGAUGUCCAAGUCUGGGAAGUGAAGGACCGCGUCACCAUGCAGAUGGAGGUCGUCGCCUUCCACAGUGUGGGCUGCACGCUAUGCACUUUUUUCUACCUGGCCCUCUUUUGCUGGGCAACGCCCCGAGUCCGCCGCAGUCUCAUCGCAAUCUUGUUGGGCAUCGCCGUCGUCGCCAAUAUCGUGACAGCGGCACUACUGAGUACCGCUAAUUGGAUUACGCUGGGCAUCAAUUCCAGCCCUCGGGAGCUCACUUUGAAGCCAAAGCUGUGGACUGCGAUCUAUGCUAUCGCUGCUUGGGUCGCCAUACUAUGCAACGCAACCUUUAUUCCUCGGCUAUUCCUCUUCUAUCCUCGAGCAAAUCGCAAAGAUUUUCGCCGCGGACUCCUGCUGACCAUCUUCCCUGCUAUCCUCCUGAUACCCCGCGUCAUCCAAAGCGGCAUAGGAGCUUGGGCAAUUGGUAGCUCGCCGAGAAAAACGGACAUUCUCAACAAGGCGCAGGCUGCGGGCUUCUUCUGCACUUUUGCUUUUGAGUCUUACUCGACUGUCAUUUUGUGCUACAAGCUUAGGAAGGUGGGAUGGGCGCGUCGUAAGAAGAGCAGGAAUCAGCCGCUCGACAAGAUGGUGAACGUCGUGAGGUGGACCUUUUUCAUACAAGUGGCAAGCUUCCUGGCAUCGAGCUAGCGCUCUUCACUUUGUCCGUCCGCAACGAAUCCUGGCUUGCGCCACGCAUCUGGCUGCUCAAUCUACACAUGUACACUGUCGUCAUCGGCACCAACUUCGCGUGCUUCUGGCCAGUCAUUCAGGCAGACCGCAUCAGGUCUGGUCGGGCUUGCGAUUCUAACAAGUGAGUCGCCUGCACCUUGCGGAGCUAAGGAAAGCAAAGCUUUGUCUUCAUCUCUGACUCGGCAUUGAUUCUCGGAUCAGGUUCGUAUUCAAGUUCGACGCAGACAUUGACCACGACCUCAAAGAUGGCGUCACGCGCAUCGAU